AUGGAAAUAGUGGGGUGCCGAGCAGAAGACAACUCGUGUCCUUUCCGCCCCCCAGCCAUGCUCUUCCACGGGAUCUCCGGAGGCCACAUUCAAGGCAUCAUGGAGGAGAUGGAGCGCAGAUCCAAGACCGAGGCCCGCUUGGCCAAAGGCGCCCAGCUCAACGGCCGCGACGCGGGCAUGCCCCCUCUGAGCCCCGAGAAGCCCGCUCUGUGCGCAGGCUGUGGGGGCAAGAUCUCGGACAGGUACUACCUGCUGGCCGUGGACAAACAGUGGCACCUGAGGUGCUUGAAGUGCUGUGAAUGUAAGCUGGCCCUCGAGUCCGAGCUCACCUGCUUCGCCAAGGACGGUAGCAUUUACUGCAAGGAGGAUUAUUACAGAAGGUUCUCUGUGCAGAGAUGUGCCCGCUGCCACCUUGGCAUCUCCGCCUCCGAGAUGGUCAUGCGCGCCCGAGACUCUGUCUACCACCUGAGUUGCUUCACCUGCUCCACCUGCAACAAGACCCUGACCACGGGCGACCAUUUUGGCAUGAAGGACAGCCUGGUGUACUGCCGCGCGCACUUCGAGACCCUCUUGCAAGGGGAGUAUCCACCGCAGCUGAGUUACACCGAGCUGGCGGCCAAGAGUGGCGGCUUGGCCCUGCCUUACUUCAAUGGUACCGGCACGGUCCAGAAGGGGCGGCCCCGGAAGCGGAAGAGCCCAGCGCUAGGAGUGGACAUCGUCAAUUACAACUCAGGUGGGCCCCUGUCAUCAAUCCCCUCUCCAUCAGCCCCAGCUUCCCGCAGCUGGAGGGAUUCCACAAAACGCAACCCAACCCCAACCCCACCCAAGACUCGGUUGCGAGUGGAUGCUUUACUCUAA